AUGGGUGAAUCUGUGCAUCUCGAACUUGAGCGUCUUUGGUGGGUUGGAGGAGUCUAUCUGGGCACGCUGGCUUUGCUUAAUUGUGGCAUUCGGGCCUCUCGCGCCCACAAAGCGCGACGGGAAGAGGAGCAGUCCGCGUUUCUCCAGAAUCUCAACUCCCAGCACCGGGAGUCUUUGGAUCGGACGGACAAGGAAGAGGAAGGCUUCCUGGGAAACACUGUGAUUUUCCCUCACUGCGACUUGGAUGAAAUGUUUACCCACGCUCCGGGCGGGCACAUGUUGAAAUACAAUGCAGACCGCUCUCUGUCGUUCACGGUUAUUUUCAUGUUCAAACACACCCUCUUGUCCAAUACACAGAUUCUGAACCACAUGCGAGUCUGCGUGCUCGUGUCGGCGGUGACUAGCUUUAUCCACAUCGGGCUGCGCGCAUUUGCAGAUGUAGAGCCCAUGCAGCGUAGCUGGCUUGAUGAUGCAGACAAGAUGUGUUCUUUCCUGACAUCCUUGAUCGGAGUCCUCCUGGGCUUCUACAUCUCCACCGUUAUGACGAGAUGGUGGAGCAUGCGAAGCGAUGGAAUUGGUGGAAUGUGGGGGGCAAUGAAUGACCUGUGUGUCCUGACCGGGUCAUUCUUUCCUGGUCCAGAAUGGCGAAAGUUGCGCACACUGAUUUUGCGCUAUGGCUUGGUCUCGUUUGAGUUGACCUUUAUGGAAAAUGAGGACCAGGACGAAGAUCUGGACGCCCUGAUGCAGAGGCAUCUCCUCACGUCUGACGAAGCCGCCUGCUUGGCUGGAAACCCAUCCAAAGGCAUGGCCGUUUGGACCUGGGUCGGAUGGAUUUUCAGAGAACUCCAGAAGCAGGGACACCUCUCGGACAUCACACUUCGGCUCUUCUUGGACAAGGUGCUUCAGGCUCGUGGUAGUGCCGGGGCUCUUAUCACCCUUCUUGGCUGCCAGCUGCCGUUCCUGUACAUGCAGCUUCUUUCCCAAUUGGUACACUUUCUAACGAUUUUGAUGGCUGUUGAUUGUGGCAUGUCCACGGGGGCGUGUCUCAUCUCCCACGACAUUGGAAGCCCGCUGCUGAAGUUUGUCCAGAUGCUCAUGGUGACCUAUUUCUACAAUGGCUGCCUCGAGAUCGGCAGGAGCUUUGCAAAUCCUUGCAGGCAAGACUUCUCAGACUUCCCACGCCACGCCUAUCACUUCGUAAUUCGCGGUGAGGCCGAGUUCUUCCACAGCGUCGCAGAAAAGCCACCUCUGGCUGGCAUCCGGCUCCUUGGCGAGCUCAUGACAACAAGUUACAUACGGACCUUGUGGAAUCCAGACCUGGUCGCGGCGGUCGGACACACUCGAGCUAGCUGGGCACGGCUUCUGGACGUGGCGGAGUGUACGGAGACCUUCGGCCUCCUCCCGAAAGGCCAGUUGACGGAGGCCACCUGGCAGGCUGUCCUCUCGAGGCCGAAACAGGCAGCGAUGAAGCUGGCAGACACGAAGGCCUUGAAUCGCCUGGCCCCUUUGUUGCGCCUGAGCCUGGAGCCAUGCCUGCGCUGGAGGAGGCUGGCCAAGACGAAGGCAGCUCGUGAUGAAGGCCAUGAGCGCCUGCGCCUUCUGGUGCUGCCCGGAUUUUCAUUGCUCUGCUGGGCUGCUGCGCUCGACCUUCCGCGCUUUGCACAGACGUGGCCAUCGCCUGCAUCGAAUUUUCUCGUUGAAACGUUGUUGGACGAGGCUGACACCGCCUUUCUGCGGAUAUGGCGGAUGCAUGACUACCUCGAGCUGAAGCCAAAGUGGCACCAGGAUGGGCCAGUCCCGUUGGAUCGCUUCCUCGAGGAGCUGCAGCUGCCUUUGAGUAGUGCGCUCCCAGACAACGACCCGCCAGGGUGA